AUCACUUUCUGCUGGACACAAUCAAUCAGGAUGCAUUUGGAUAAGCAACUUUGGACAUUGUCUGCGAUCAUCAUAUGUGCCUCUGCCACACAUUUCCUUAACCAAGAAUGGAGUGCCUGGAAAUCCAAAUAUGAAAAGAAAUAUGUCACUGUACAGGAGGAGCUGUUUCGGAGGAAAGCUUGGGAGGACACCUGGAAUAAGGUGCAGAAACACAAUCAAUUGUUUGAACAGGGUCUUACCAAAUAUACAAUGGCCAUGAACCACUUUGCUGAUAUGACAUCAGAGGAACGUAGCUCCAGAAAUUGCCUGUCCUCAAAAAAGAAUUUAUCAUCCAAGAAAAAUAUUCCUGUGCAGGUUCAUGGAAAAAACCUUAACUUACCAGACUCCGUUGAUUGGAGGGAUUCAAAAUGUGUGACAAAGAUUAAAAAUCAAGGAGGAUUCUGUGGCUCCUGCUGGGCAUUUGCAACGGUGGGUGUGAUUGAGUCACAUUAUUGUAUCCAGAAUAAGGAACUACUUGUGCUGAGCGAGCAGCAACUUGUAGACUGUGAUCAUGUAGAUGAAGGCUGCUGUGGAGGAUUGCCCACAAAUGCUUUGGAAUAUGUUACACAUCAUGGUGUCAUGCUGGCCAAAGAUUAUGAGUACUCAGAAAAGAAAUAUACCUGUUUAUACAAACCUGAUAAUGCAGUAACAGUUAAUGUGAGCAAAUACUAUGUUCUGCCUGGAGAAGACAAUAUGGCAUCAUCUGUGGCAUUAGAUGGACCUAUAACAGUUGGAAUUGAUGCAAGUGAUGACUUUCAGAUGUUCAAUGAUGGUAUUUUUGUUGGUGACUGUAGCGAAGAGCCAAAUCAUGCAGUCAUUAUAGUGGGAUAUGGCACAGAGCAUGAUGAAGAGGAAGAUGAGGAUAUAGAUUACUGGAUCAUAAGGAACAGCUGGGGCGAGGAGUGGGGAGAGAAAGGCUAUGCAAAGAUGAGGCGUAACGUUAACCUGUGUGGUAUAACAUCAAUGGCAGCCUCUGUGGAUUUGGUGCACUAGUUCCCUGUAGUCUCAUCAUUGAAGAAAACAAAAGUCUAUAUGGAUUAACCCCCUAUAUUAUUAAACAAAACAUAUUUGUAACCAUGCCUACAGUACUUCUCUUGUAUUCUUUAAUUUCUGUAGCAUAAUUUGUAAAUAAAGAUUCAUAAGCAAGUUUGA